ACAAAAAAGCAAAAAAUGGAAAACCUCCGACGUGGAAAGGCCAAUAGCUUGCUUUGCCUUAAACCUCUUAAACCCAACAAGGACAUAGUCUCUCGUAUUCGUUUGAUCUCCAUGGCAGCCAUGAAGCUUCUCCUCUCGGAAGCUCGCCGCCAUUACCUCUUCCGCCCUCACUCCAACUUCCACAUUUCACCAUUUCUAGGGUUUCACAGAUCCCUUUGCUCAUCAUCCGAAUCGGACCCAACCGAAUCCCCCAGAAGACCCGCUAUACAGACCGUUUCCUACGCUCCCAAACCCAAAGACGAGUCCUCACCAGACCAAGACCCUCCUCAGCCAUCGUCAACAACACAAACUCAAUCACAGCAACAACAACCACCUCGGAGGCCUCCUCGCGACUCACUGAGCCAACCGAGGGAUGAAACCCGACCCGUUUGGACUCGUGAAGACAUCCGCUACGUCAAGGACGCCCCGACAAUCUCGCCCGUCUCGUACCCGACUCGUGUUGCGCCGCUGCCGGAAGAUAUGGUGUCGGCGGAGGGGGCGGGAAGUGAUUCGAAGCAAAGCAAGGAAUUGGAGAAGGAGACGAAGCGAAUCGAUGCCGAGAGUCAGUUGAGAAGGAAGGUUUUUAGGGUUGUGGAGGAGGACAGGGUGGCGGCUCCUUUCCCGAUGUUGAUUAAGGUUGAGAAGAAAGAGAGGAAGCCUAUUCUCGAUUUGACGGAGGCAAUUCGGCAAGUCAAGGCUAGUGCCAAGUGCAAUUUUGAUGAAACUGUUGAAGCACAUGCAAAAUUGGGUAUUGAUGCGAAGCGAGCGGGACGGGGAGUUCGUGGUAACAUGACUCUGCCUCAUGGUAGUGGGAAGGUUGUCAGGGUGGCCUUUUUUGCUGAAGGGGCACAUGCAGAUGAAGCCAGAGCUGCAGGAGCUGACAUUGUUGGUGGUGUGGAACUUGUUGAGGAAAUUGCUAGCAGCAACAAGAUCAAUGUUGACAAGUGUUUCGCGACAAAUGAAAUGAUUCUGCGUAUGGGGAAGAUUUCAAGGAUCCUGAGAGAGCGUGGUCUAUGGCCUGACCGUAAGUUAGGUACUGUGACAAAUGAUGUUUCUGAGGCACUGAAAAAAGUAAGCCAAGGUCAUAUUGAAUUUAAAAUGGACAGAACAUCAAUUGUGCAUGUGGGACUUGGGAAGGUGAGCUAUAACGAGGAUAAUCUACGAGAGAAUGUUGGUGCUUUUAUAAAUGCUCUUUUGCUUGCAAAGCCUGCAGGUUUAAAGAAGGCUUCGAAAUACGCAGGUUAUAUUACCUCCUUCCAUAUAUGUAGUACGAUGGGUCCAGGAUUGCCGGUAUCAGUACAGUCAUUAUCAAAAGCUGCAGAUCAUUACAACAAAGUAUACCUCAAAUGAUAGUCUCAGCUGACAAAUUUCAACAUAGAUGGAGACCAUUUCUUUUUUCUUUCGUUGAUUACGUUUCCAUUUUAGGAAUUGAGCCGUUGAGAACACUCUCUCAAAGAGAACUUUUCUUUUUUCGAGCGGUAAUCUUUUGUAAUGAUAGUUCGAUCCUGGGUAGAGUACCAUCUAUGUACUAAUUAAGUUUUGCUUACAUUUUGUUGAAAUGUGGUGGUUAUUUAACUCUUGUUUUAACUGAUUGCAUUUUUAGUAUAAUUCCAUAAUAGAUCAAGAUUCAAUUUAUAUA